AAAGAGAAUUAAGAGUGGCAUUGAUGAUGACUCUGUUGACAAACAUCUGAUUGCUAGAAGAUCAAGUCCCAUUUUGGAGGUUUCUUGCCUUUUUGCAGAAAUGAUGCAGCAUGGUCUUCGUUGUAUUGCAUUUUGCAAAACACGCAAACUUUGUGAGCUUGUUUUAUGUUACACGCGUGAGAUUCUUCAGGGAACAGCACCUCAUUUAGUUGAUACUAUAUGCGCUUACCGAGCUGGUUAUGUUGCUGAGGUUAGCAUCUAUAACUUGGUUCAAGAGAGUUUGCUCAUCCCCUUUAGUCAAUCUUUCCCAAGGAAAUUUACUAAAACAGUUGUUUUUCAUGUUGCUCUAAACUUGCCUGCAAUUGGCUUGUAUAAUUUAUUCAAUUUUGUUCAUUUUGAUCCGUUGUAAAGCAUCCAUAUUCCC